CUCCCUCUCAACAAAAAGUGUUAGUGAUAUGUGACAUGUCAUUACAGUUUGUCUACAUAGUAUAACAGGUAUUUGAGGUUAGUCAGGGCCUUGAUUUGAAUAAUAAGUUGUGAAAUGUGUUUCAAUAUGGGUGAAAAGUAUUGGAAAAUGUGAAACAUGGCGGGAAUUACAGCCCUCACAAGUGUUCCCACCUCGGAGUUGAAUUGUACCGAGAGAACGAGAUCCAACAGUUCUGGAACUGUUUCAACACCAUCAUCUUCAUUUGAUUAUACACCUGGUGAUGGAGAUGACAUUUUGAAAAGUCGAGUUGUUGUUCCUUACAGUUUGAAAUCUGUUGAGGCUGUAUUGUCCUUGUCGAAGACAACUACCUUAGAAGAGCUAACCGAAAUGGUGAAGAAGUGUAAGCAGAUGGUUCUCGAAAGUGACCAGUGCACAGAAGAGAGAAAAUGGUUAGUAAGAAGAUUGAUUGAACUAAGGUUGCGGGCUCAAGAGCUGCGAGAGAUGUCUGACAUCAAUUCCCUGGAAACUCAGGUUAUACUCGGACAUCACUUAGUACCACAGAAGUAUCAGAUAUCUAGCUCUGGCCCCAUGUACUGCGAUCACUGCAGUGCAGCUAUCUGGACAAUGCUCCAGUCGUGGUACAUGUGUAAUGACUGCGGGUACUGCUGCCAUUGGAAGUGCAUAACAGAUGUUCGCCGAGUCUGUGCCAAUGUCGUAGCAAGUGAGGCUGGAGGAUACAUCUUCACCAAAGAAAUUUGUCCUGAAAAGGGACUCUCCGCUCAAUUGUACAGAUGUGCAGAGUGUCACAUGAAAAUAACAUUCACUUCCACAAAAGUUCUGUCAUUGCCAUGCUUUGGUAGUGCUUUCAGGCAUACAGACUCGGGCUGCGUUGAACCCAGGCUAUGUGACUACACAGGGCUGUACUUCUGCCAAAGAUGUCACUGGAACACCCUCGCCGUUGUUCCAGCGAGAGUCAUCAGGAAUUGGGAUCUGGAACCAAGGAAAGUCAGUCGUUCUGCCUCUCAAUUGCUUGGAUUAUUGAAUGAACGACCAGUUCUACCAUUGGAGGAAUUGAAUCCGCAACUGUUUACUCUUGUACCGGAUUUAUCGGUGUUGAAGAGAAUGCGGGAGGAGCUUCAAAUGAUGAAAAAAUACUUGGUCUUUUGUCCAGACGCGGAUUUUCAGGGUCUCCCCUGGCGCGUGGGUCUUCGCACACACAUGAUCGAGAAUUCUGCAAAUUACUCAAUGAAAGAUCUGAUCGAUCUUCAGAGUGGAGUUCUCAUGGAAGAAAUAAGCACAGCAUACGACGCAAUGCGAAAUCACAUAACUGAAUCUUGCGAGUUGUGUCAUGCAAGAGGACAUUUGUGCGAAAUAUGCGGUAAUAAUGAGGUCAUAUUUCCGUGGGAUGCCUCAGCUGUUUGCUGUCAUCAGUGCAAUGCAGUGCACCAUCGUGUUUGUUGGUCCAAACGGAAUCACUGUUGCCCCAAAUGCAUGAGAAUAAAAAAACGAAUUGCACGAGAGAGUGAAAAUUGUGGCUCUGAGGAGGAAGAGUCCGGUUAAAUACGAUUGUGUUGUUUUCCGAGAUGAAGAAAAUUUAUGAUUUUAUAAUUGUCACAAUAGAACCAAUAUUUACUAUAAAUUAUUAAUUCAUCGUUUUCUUUUAUAACUAACUAUGGUAAUAUGAGUGUUUGAUUAUUGGUGUUGAUGAAGAUAAAUAAAUUAAAUUUUUACGCUUACUUGAAAAA